GGUCUUCUCAGUCAGUGUGAGUGUUGCUGCCGUCAGGAUGAAGGUGUGUGUUCUCCUGCUGUGUGUGUGUUUCCUGUGGAGGACCGAAGCUCAGUCCAGAACGUAUCUGAUCACGGCUCCUCUGUCGCUGCACCUGGACGCCAUGGAAACGGUGCUGCUGCAGCUGUUCGGCUUCACGGAGGAAGUGAAGGUGUACGUGUUCCUGAAGACGUCGAUGGCUCCGGAUCACACCGAGCUGCUGAGAGAGGUGGUGACCCUGAACCAGCAGAACCAGCACCAGGCUGCUGCUAGAGUCAGGCUCUUCCCAGGUCAGCUGGGUAAAGGUGUGAAUCAUGUGAUCCUCCACGUCCAAUCAGCAGAGAUCAACCAGCAUCUGUCUCUGGCUGUGAGCCGCACUAACGGCUUCAUGUUCAUCCAGACCGACAAACCGCUGUACACACCUGAGCAGGGGGUCAAAGUGAGGGCGUUCUCGAUGAACCAGGAGCUGAGGCCGGCCAAUCGCAGCGUGUUCCUGACCUUCAAGGACCCGGAUCUGAAGACAGUGGACAUCGUGGAAAUGAUUGAUGUUAAUAACGGAAUCCCCUCCAUGCAAAACCCCUUCAAGAUCCCCGUCAAACCAAAGUUGGGGAUUUGGACCAUUGAAGCUGCAUAUUCUGAUGAUUUCACCACAACAGCGAAAGCAGACUUUGAAGUUAAAGAAUACGUCCUUCCCAGUUUCUCCAUCGUGGUUGAACCAGAAGUGAACUUCAUCAGCUACGGAAGCUUCAGCCGCUUCACCUUUAAGGUCUCAGCCAGGUAUUUCCACGGAGCUCCGGUGGCGAACGGCGAGGUGUUUCUGCGCUACGGCUACGUUGGCAAGAAGGACGCUCCCUUUAUCAUCCCGAACUCUGUAACCAGAGACAGAUUGUCUUCGUCGGGUGAGUUGGACGUGACUCUCAACAUGGAGGCGGUGCUGUCCAAACAUGACGGACCCAAAGACCUCAACAGUCUGGUGGGGAAGUUUCUGUAUAUCGCUGUACUGCUGCAGGAGGAUACAGGUGGUAUCAGCCAGGAGGCGGAGUUUGCAGGAGUGAAGUUUGUGAAAUCACCGUACAGUCUGAGCCUGGUGUCCACGCCCCUUUUCAUCAAACCUGGACUUCCCUAUAACAUCCUGGUGUUGGUGAAGGAUCAUCUGGACAAACCGGUGAGCAACAUUCGGGUUCGUCUCGUGGAGCGACAGCUGUUCAGGCGGGGGAGAGACGGCGAGGACAUGCCCUGUCCUGACAGCGCCAGAAGCCACACAGACGGCCUCGCUGUGUUCAUCUGCAACGCGCCGAGUGAGGCAGUCAAAGCUGUGCUGAAGUUUGAGACCGAUGACAUCACCCUCCCAGCAGCCAGUCAGGCCAGUCUGACACUGGAGGCGUCGGCCUACCACUCUCCGAACCAGCGCUACCUGUACAUCGACCCCCCGCUGCCCGGCCGAGGCCUGCAGGUGGGACAGUACGCCAGCAUCAAGGUGUACUCCGCCACGCCGUCCUACAUACCUGUCACAACCCUCAGCUUCCUGAUUCUCUCUAAAGGGAAGGUGGUGGAUUUCGGCAGUAUGAAGUUCGCCUCCGCCACUGACAACAAACAGGUGCUGCGCUUCCAGGUGACGAGCGCCAUGGUGCCGUCCAUCAGGGUGCUGGUCUACUACAUCCUGUUUGGGGAGGGGACGUCCGAGCUGGUGGCCGACUCCAUCUGGCUGGACGUCAGAGACAAGUGUGUCAGCGGACUCCAGACCGAUCUGUCAUUCGCUGCACGGGACUACAAACCAAAGCAGAACCUCCGGCUGGAUAUUACGACCAAUCAGGAGGGCCUGGUGGCGCUGUCUGCGGUCGACUCCGCCCUUUACACCAUGCGACCUAACUACCAAGACCCUGUUACCAAGGUGCUGCGUCACAUCGAGCAGAGCGACCAGGGCUGCGGAGGGGGCGGCGGCAAAGACAGCGCAGACGUCUUCCGAUUGGCCGGCCUCACCUUCUCGACCAACGCCAACGCCCACCCAUCAGCCACCAAUGAGGCGUGUACAGCAGCAGUGCGUUCAAAACGAGCUCUGAGUGACGAGGACAAGAUGAAAAAAGCAAAGAGUUUUGGGCCCCUGAAGUCGUGCUGUGAACAUGGGAUGAGGUACAUCCCAAAGAGCGUCACCUGCCGUGACUUUGCCCGGCAGGCGUUCAGAAAAUAUCCGCGCUGCCAGGAAGCCUUCAGACUCUGCUGCGAGUACAUCCAGCAGCACCUGGACCAGGAACAGAACCUGAUCCUGGGACGCCACGACUUGGGAGCUGACUUCGAUGAAGCUCCUUCUCUGGUGCGGAGCUACUUUCCAGAGAGCUGGCUGUGGGAGGUUCAGCGCGCCAGUCCCGGUCAGCAGUCAGUCAGCAGGGCUCUACCAGACUCUCUCACCACCUGGGAGAUCAAAGCCGUCGGCAUGUUCAAGACUGGUAUGUGUGUUUCAGAGCCAGUUAAGGUUCCAGUCAAGCUGCCGCUCAGCGUGGACGUCCCGCUGCCCUAUCAGGUGGUCAGAGGAGAGCAGCUGGAGCUCAGAGGCUCCGUGUACAACCAGCUGGUUGACGUCACCAAGUACUGCGUGACGCUGACGGUGGGUCCAGAGAUCUGUCUGCUUCAGUCCCAGCCGGCUCCUGGAGGGGCGGGGCUUCACUCCACCGCCUGCGAAUGGAGCUCGCUGCAUCCGGGAGACGUGCGGAAGGUGAGCUUCACCCUGAUGGGCCUGGAGCACGGAGAGCACACCCUGACCUUCACCCUGAGGACACGAAACGGACGCAAAGAUGUCCUGGAGAAGAAGCUCCGAGUGGUGCCUGAAGGAGUGAGGCAGGAGGAUUAUUCUGGAGGCAGACUGGAUCCUCAGGGAAUCUACGGUUCAGAGAAGAGAUCCGUGGAGCUGAGGAACAGGCCGCCGCCCAACAUCGUUCCCAAAACAUCCGUGGACAGAGUGCUAACUAUCAACGGGGACGUGGUGGGUGAAGUCCUGUCUGUGAUGAACGAGCCCGAAGGCCUCCGUCAGCUGGUGAACCUGCCGGCGGGCUCGGCGGAGGCGGAGCUCGGCGGGCUCCUCCCCCUCGUGCACCUGUACCGUUACCUGGAGACCACCAUGAGCUGGGGCGUCCUCGGUACCGACAUCAAGAAGAACUCACGAGACCUGAAGCAGAAGAUCAGAGAGGGUGUUGUCAGUAUGAGCUCGUUUAGAGGUGUAGACUCCAGCUACAGCAUGUGGACGAAGAGAGAAGCCAGCACCUGGCUGACGGCUCUGGCAGUGAAGACCCUGUCCGUAGUGGAUCAGGUUGUGAUUGUGGACCAUCAGGAUCUCUCUGAGUCCGUGUCCUGGUUGAUGAGCGUUCAGAAACCCGACGGAUCCUUCACCGAGAAAUCUUCCUUCAAACCCAACAAGAUCCUGGCUGAGGGGACGGACGCCGUCGACCAAUCGGUGUAUCUGACGUCCUUCGUGCUGAUCGCCUUAAAGAGAGCAACGAGCAUCAAAGACCCCAUCCUGCAGCUCCGAGACCCCAUCCUGCAGCUCCGAUCACAUGAUAACAGCAUGAGUUUGGCAGCGGACUACAUUUCCCAGCAUGCCCUGACAGUGAAGAGUGUGUAUGUGCGUGCGGUGGCGGCCUACGCGAUGACCCUUCAUGACCCCAACAGUGUGAUGUCGAGUCAGCUGAUCACCAGCCUGGAGAACCUGGCCAAGCAGAAAGGACACCCUGCUGUGCUCAGGUACUGGCAGGAGACCAACGUGGCAGCUGAUUGGCUCAAACCCGACCAAUCCAGCGGUCUGACGGUGGAAACAACGGCAUACGUCCUGCUGACUGUGCUGCUCAAGGGAAGGAUACCCUACGCCAGCCCCAUCCUCGCCUGGCUGACCCAGGACCAGCACUAUGGAGAGGGCUUCUACUCUGUACAGGACACAGUUCUGACUCUGGAGGCGGUCACAGAGUACAGCCGUAUCAUCCCUCGAGCCGUCCUUAAUCAGGACAUCAGAAUCCGCUACAGAAGGAAAGGAUCGCUGGGAGACGUCCAGCUGACCCAGACCCGGCCUGUGGCCUCGCCCACACAGGUGAAGGAGACUGAUGACAUCAUCGUUUCCACGGGUUACGGACGUGGAGUCUCCAACGUGAAGCUCAGGACGGUUUACUAUCAGACCGCUCCGACCUCACUGUCCUGUAACUUCGACCUCUCGGUGGAGGUGGUCGGCCGCGACGCCAAUCCCAGCCUGAGAACUCCUCACCUGCGCGCCUGUGCCAAGUAUAAACCUCCUCCGAACGAGGUGUUCACAGAGUCCAGUCUGACAGUGAUGGAGAUCCAGCUGCCGACGGGUGUGGAGGCUCACCUGGAGGACCUGAGACAGUUCAGAGACGCGAUGGAGCCGAUGAUCUCCCACUACGAGCUGCAAGGAACCACUGUGGUCAUCCAGAUGGACACUGUUCCCUCUGAUGACUUCCUGUGUGUGGGUUUCCGUAUCCGGACCGGGUUCAGGGUCGGCGCGGCCAGCGAGUCUCUGCUGACCGUCUACGAGCCUCAGGACAAAGGAAGUGUUUGCACCAAGCAGUUCUCCCACCAGGAGCAGAAGCUGCAGCGCCUCUGUGUGGCUGACCAGUGUCAGUGCAUGGCAGCUGCAUGCGCCACCUACAGAGGACAAGUCGACGCCACGCUGACGUCAGCCAAGCGCCAAGCGGAGACCUGCGAGCCUCACGUCAAAUACGCCUACAAGCUGAAGGUUAAAUCCUCCACAUCAGAAGGAGACUAUAUGACGUUCUCAGCCACCGUAGUUGAAAUCCUGAAGAACACAGAUAAAGAGCUUGAAGCCGUGAGUCCAGACUCGGAGGUGGAUCUGAUAAAGAAGAUCACCUGCAGCUCCGUGGAAAUCCAGACCGGCAAGCAGUACCUGGUGAUGGGCUCCAGGGGGUCAGAGGUCACGCUGAGUGACAGCUACAAAUAUCGUCUCCCUCUGGACUCGGAGGCUUUGGUGGAGCUUUGGCCGACAGACUGUUCUUCUCCUGAGUGUGCAGACUUCAUCGCUCAGCUGGACGAGUACGCUCUGGACCUGCAGCUCCUCGGCUGCCUCUAAAUCUGCAGCUCCUUCCUUCCUUCCUUCCUUCCUUCCUUCCUUCCUUCCUUCCUUCCUCCAUCCUCCAUCCUUCCACCCUUCCUUCCUCCCUUCCUUCUUUCCUUCUUUCCUUCUUCUUUCCUUCCUUCCUUCCUGUCCUCCCUCCCUUCCUUCUUCCCUCUGUCCUUCCUUCCUCCCUCCCUCCUUCUUUCCUUCAUUUGCUUCCUCCCUUCCUUCUGUCUUCUGUCCUUCUUUCCUUCCUUCCUAUUUUCCUUUAUCCCUCCCUCUUUCCUUGUUUCUUCCCUCCCUCCUACCUUCCUUCCUCCCUUCCUUCC